UGAUGUUGUGCGCCAUUGGUGGUUUCCAUUUGACCAAGUGGUUCAGCAACAGCAAAGCCCUGCUGGGUUCCAUUCCUGACCAAGAACGAGCAGCUGAAGUCAAAGAUCUCGUUUUGGAGCAUGAUGAGUUACCAGUAGAACGGGCAUUAGGCAUGCAGUGGUGCACGAGUUCUGACAGCUUCAGGUUCAAAAUACAUCUGCCCGACAAGCCAUGUACAAGACGGGGCAUUUUAUCUGUAGUCAGUUCGGUGUAUGACCCAAUGGGUUUUUUGGCACCACUUCUACUACCUAUCAAGCUCAUUUUAAGAAAUCUCUGCCAAGAGAAGAAAGGUUGGGAUGUAGAACUCCAUGAAAAGGAAUGUCGGGCAUGGAUGAAGUGGCUGACAGACUUAGACAAGAUUUCAGAGCUACGUCUGAACAGAUGUUUCAAACCUGCCGCAUUUGGGCCCACAAACACUGCUCAAAUCCAUAAUUUCUCAGAUGCUAGUCAAGAUGGAUAUGGCGUUGUGUCGUAUCUCUUGCUGUCAAAUGAGCGGGGUGAGAAACAUGUAUCAUUCUUGAUGGGAAAGUCCAGAGUCACUCCACUCAAACAGAUCACGAUCCCGAGAAUGGAGUUGACAGCAGCAAUGGUUGCAGUCAAGAUCGAUCGGAUGUUGAAAGAAGAACUUGAAGUUCCCCUGAUGGAGUCAGUCUUCUGGACGGAUAGUACAACAGUACUAAAGUACAUUGAGAAUGAUGCCCUUCGUUUCAAAGCGUUUGUAGCCAACCGUGUCUCUUUCAUUAGAGAAGCGACUACAUCUUCUCAGUGGAAGUAUGUCAACACCUCACAAAACCCAGCAGAUCAGGCUUCCAGAGGUUUAAAGAUCCAGAGCUUCAUGGAAAGUAAGAGCUGGUUUCAGGGGCCUAGUUUCCUGCGAGAAGAAGUUGAAUGGCCGAAACAACCUGAACAAUGGCCUUACCUGACUGAAGAUGAUGUUGAGGUGAAGACAUCCGCUGCAGUGUCAUGCACAAACUCAAAUGAGUGCACAGAUCCACUGAAUCAGCUCUUUGAGUAUUACUCCAGUUGGCAUAAGCUAAAAAAGGCAGCAGCCUGGAUUUUGCAAUUGAGAAGGACGUUGCGGCACCUGAGCGAGAAAAGAAAAGAGUUUGAGCAGAACAUACAGCAGAAUGAGAAUGAUCCAGAGAAAAGCAGAUCUAUAGUUGAACAGCAAAUGGUGAUGUACAAGAAAAACCUGGAAAAAACAAUACUUACCGUGGAAGAUCUAUCCAGAGCUGAAAUUGAACUUGUUAAAUACAGCCAGAAACAAACUUACAUGGAGGAGAUACACGCUUUGCAGCUGGCAGGCUCCCGUGUGAAAAAGAACAGUUCUAUUUUCAAGCUGGAUCCAUACUUGCAAGGAGAUGUGUUGAGAGUAGGAGGACGUUUGAAUAGAUCGGCGAUGCCUGAAGAGGCCAAGCAUCCUGCCAUUCUGCAUAAACAGCACAGAAUAGCUCACCUCAUUCUCCACCAUAUUCAUCAAGAGUGUGGACAUGGAGGUAGGAACCAUGUCUUAGCCAUAUUACGACAACGGAAUUGGAUACCAAGAGCCAAUGCAGCAGCAAGAAAAGUAAUUUCAGAGUGCAACCUCUGCAGAAGACUGCAUGCCAAGGCAGGAGAGCAGAAAAUGGCGGAUUUGCCUCAAGACCACUUACCUGUGGUCCCUUUGAAGCGUCUACCUGCACGUCGACCCGUCACUCAGGAUACAGAAACCGCGGAAACCCCCCCGUACACUUACCAGUACGGUUUCAGCCGGAUCCCAGCAGCCAUUGUGCAGCUCCACCAGCAUCUGGACGACUGGGAGUCCAACCCGCUGGGCCGCCUCGGAGCUCGCCACGAGUAG